CAGCUGGAAACCGGAGCAGUCCACGCGGAGAAGUGGCCGGGACGGAGCUGCCCGCCUGCCCCGCGGCCAGCUGUUUCCUCUCCAAGAGGGGUUGGGGUUUUUUUGGUUGUUUUCUCUGCGCUUCUCACUCCUUGUUAAGAAGUGAUCAACAUGCAAAGUGAACUGAAAACUGAAACUGCUCUCUGGGUGCAUACACUUUGGUUUUGUGCCCCUUUCAAGUGUUUUACUUCAUGAUGGGGAGAAAAGAAUUAUCUGAAACACUGAGACAGAGGUUGGGUUACAUUGGUUGAAGAUGUGAUGAAGAUAGUAAAAGAAGACACGAAAUAAUUUUCUUUUUUGGUCGGGUAUUAAUUUAAAAAAAAAUCACAAACAGAAGUGAAUAGUAGUUAAUAAAUUGUUCUGCUUGCUAGGAAAGAGAGAGAAAGAGAGGCUAACGGAGGAUUUUUGCUGAUCUUCCCCCAUUCUCAUCUAUCCCAAAGAAAAAAAUGAAGAUAAAACUUUGUUUGCAACUCGAGAGAACAGGCAGACUGGGAAGAGUAACUUCAGUAUCUGGGUAUAUUAUACAAAGCACUGUACAUUUCCAGAUUCAGCAAACAUAAACCAUUAGUUUGAAUAAAAAUUAUGAUUUCAUCAUCAGUCCAAGUUUUUGCCUACUCUAGGAAUGACAUUUAACCUGAAUGUUAGAGAGAGAGAUUUUUUCAUUAAAUGUGUGAUUUCAAUUAUUAUUUUAAAGUCAAGGAUUUUUUCCCAGUGUUUUUCAGCUAGAAAGACAUUAAGUUUUUUGGUCCCUUGAAUAUAUAUAUUUGGCCUAUGUUUUACAUGGAAUUUUUAGUGUUUUUAGAACUUCUGUGUUGUUCUCUGCCAUUGUAGUUGUGCAGAAUAGAGACAGACAAGGCAUCUAGGAUUCAACUUUUCUACUACUGCUAGUGUUUUCAGAAGAGCUUGAGCAUCCACUGAAUUCUAUGGCAUGAUUUGGUCUUCUCUUUUGUUUAAAGGAAAAACAUGCCUUAAAACGUUCAUUUUAUACUAACCUAGUCAACCUUUAAUAUCUGAGCAUAGUGUUUUGUAAAGAGAUGCAUGCCUGAAAAGAGAGAACUGCCUAAUGGAUCAUGGCUUUGGUGUUUACAGGACAUAUCUUAUUUCUAGCAUUAGUGUUGUUUGCUGUCUCCACUUUUGAAGAAUCUGUAAGCAAUUUCUCUGACUGGGUGACUUUCACAGAAAAUAUGGAUCAAUAUGAGAAGCAAAAACUGCAUGGUUUCAGUGCCAGCCAGAAGCUGAGAAAACCUGUUCUACAUCCAAGCCUGUAUUUUGAUGCUGAAGAUGUACCAGCACUAAGGCAGAAGUCCCGCACAAGUCAUUUGCAUUUGUUUAGAGCGAUUAGAAGUGCAGUGACAGUUAUGCUAUCCAAUCCAUCAUACUACCUACCUCCACCCAAACAUGCUGAUUUUGCUGCAAAGUGGAAUGAGAUUUAUGGCAACAAUCUGCCUCCCUUAGCAUUUUACUGUUUGCUGUGCCCAGAAGAUAAGGCUGCGUUUGAUUUCACUCUAGAGUAUAUGGAUAGAAUGGCUGGCUACAAAGACUGGCUCGUUGAGAAUGCUCCAGGAGAUGAAGUGCCACUUGGCCACUCCUUAACAGGUUUUGCCACUGCUUUUGACUUUCUAUAUAACUCCCUGGGUAAUGUUAGAAGACAAAAAUACCUAGAGAAGAUAUGGUCCGUGAGUGAGGAAAUGUAUGAUUAUUCAAAGGUCCAUUCUUGGGGGAAGCAACUUCUCCAUAACCACCAAGCUACUAAUAUGCUAGCAUUACUCACAGGGGCCCUGGUUACUGGGGUUGGCAAAGAAUCUCAAGCAAAUAUUUGGAAACAUACUGUGGUUGAUGUGAUGGAGAAAACUAUGUUUCUACUCAAUCAUAUUGUAGAUGGCUCUUUGGAUGAAGGAGUAGCUUAUGGUAGUUAUACAGCCAAGUCAAUAACCCAAUAUGUUUUCCUGGCUCAGCGCCAUUUUGGUAUGAAUAACCUAGAGAACAACUGGCUGAAAAUGCACUUUUGGUUUUAUUAUGCCACCCUGCUGCCAGGCUUUCAGAGGACUGUGGGUAUAGCAGAUUCUAAUUAUAACUGGUUUUAUGGCCCUGAAAGCCAACUGGUUUUCUUGGAUAAGUUUGUAAUGAAGAAUGGAGCUGGCAACUGGCUAGCACAGCAGAUUAGGAAGCAUAGGCCCAAGGAUGGCCCAAUGGUGCCAUCUACUGCACAAAGAUGGAGCACUCUUCACACUGAAUACAUAUGGUAUGCUGCAGAACUAACACCUCAGCCACCUCCUGGCUAUGGCACUGCUAAGAUGCAUAUGUUUCCUAACUGGGGAGUUGUUACUUAUGGGGCUGGGCUACCAAACACUCAGACCAACACCUUUGUGUCUUUUAAAUCUGGAAAGCUUGGUGGCCGUGCAGUCUAUGACAUUGUUCAUUUUCAACCGUAUUCCUGGAUUGAUGGGUGGAGAAGUUUCAAUCCAGGGCAUGAACAUCCAGAUCAGAACUCCUUUACUUUUGCUCCUAAUGGACAGGUAUUUGUAUCAGAGGCUCUCUAUGGACCUAAGUUCAGUCAUUUGAAUAAUGUGCUGGUGUUUGCCCCAUCACCAACAAGCCAGUGCAAUCAACCUUGGGAGGGACAACUCGGUGAGUGUGGACAAUGGCUUAAAUGGACUGGUGAUGAGGUUGGAGAUGCAAGUGGGGAGAUUAUCACAGCAUCCCAGUAUGGAGAAAUGAUGUUUGUGAGUGGUGAGGCAGUAUCUGCCUACACUUCUGAAAUGAAACUGAGAAGUGUAUAUCGCGCUCUUCUACUUUUAAAUACUCAGACAUUGCUAGUAGUAGACCAUAUUGAAAGGGAGGAAGACUCUCCCAUCAGCUCUGUCAGUGCCUUCUUUCAUAAUCUUGAUAUUGAUUUUAAAUAUAUACCUUACAAGUUUAAGAACAAAUAUAAUGGAGCUAUGAUGGAUGUGUGGGAUGCUCAUUAUAAAAUGUUUUGGCUUGACCAUCAUGGCAGUAGCCCUGUUGCAAGGAUACAAGAGGCAGAGCAAGCAGCCGAGUUCAAGAAGCGAUGGACUCAGUUCGUAAAUGUUACCUUUUCUAUAAAAAACACUGUAAAAAGGAUUGCUUACCUGUUCUAUGGACCUUAUGUCAAUGUUUCUAAUUGCAGGUUUAUUGAUGAUUCUAAAUCUGGAUUUCAGAUUUCUCUGGAUGUCAACAACACUGAGAAUAUCGUUUCUGUUGUGACUGACUAUCAGAAUCUGAGGACGAGGUUCAAUUAUUUGGGAUUUGGUGGCUUUGCCAAGGUGGCUGAUGAAAGCAAAGUUAUCAAAUUUGGUCUAGGCACUGAAGCUAUUGAGAAGCAUAUAACAAGUGACAGGACAGUUUUCCCAUUUGGAUUCAAAGUGAAUAUGAUAGCAGGGUUAAUUUUGGGUAUUAGUUUGGUAAUACUGGCUUUCCAGUGGCGGUUUUAUAUUUCCUUCAGCAAAAUGUUGCGUUGGAUCCUGUUACUGGUUAUCAUCCUGUGGCUUAUUGAACUGGUAGAUGUGUGGAGCACUUGCACUCAGCCUAUCUGUGCAAAAUGGAAUAGUGACACGACAAGUGUGGAACCUGAUACCACCCAUAGAGCCAAACAGUCAGAACAAAACCCUGUUGUUUUGCCAGACGUUGUAAUUACUUCACUUCCGGGUUCUGGAGCAGAAAUUUUAAAGCAACUCUUUUUCAACAGCAGUGAUUUCAUAUACAUCAGGAUUCCCACAGGAUACCUUGAUGUCCCAGAAACUGAAUUUGAAAUUGACUCAUUUGUUGACGCAUGUGAAUGGAAGGCAUCUGAUGUCCAACAUGGCCACUUCCGUCUCCUGCGAGGCUGGCUCCAGUCUCUAGUUCAAGACACCAGGCUACAUUUACAAAAUAUUCAUUUAUAUGAAGCCAGCAGAACUAAAGUAGCUCAGCAUUCUACCAUAAGCAAAGACAGAAAGAGAAGAUCUAGAAAGAGAGAAUCUUUGUCAGAACAAAAAAGCAAAAUGAGAGGAAACAUGGAUAAAGAUGCUGAAUACAUCAGGGAACUGAGGCGACACCUUGUCUAUUAUCCAAAUGCACGUCCUGUACUUAGCUUCAACAGUGGGAGCUGGACAUUAAAGCUUCCUUUCUUUCAAGAAAUAAUAGGGCCUUCAAUGAGGGCCUUGUAUGUAGUAAGGGACCCUCGGGCAUGGAUCUACUCAAUGUUGUACAACAGUAAGCCAAGCCUCUACUCCUUGAAAAAUAUUCCCCAGCACUUAGCCAAGCUGUUUAAAGUAGAAAAUGGUAAAGGAAAGUGCAGUUUAAAUUCAGGCUACACCUUUGAAUAUGAAUCACUGAGGGAAGAACUCUCAGCCUCUAAUUCAAAUCCAGUUUCUGUGCUGUCUCAUUUGUGGAUAGCAAACACAGCAGCAGCACUGAGAGUAAAUGGAGAUUUGCUGCCAACAAAUUAUCAGCUGGUCAAGUUUGAAGAUAUUGUGAAUUCUCCCCAGCAGACAGCUGAAACAAUUUUUGCUUUUCUUGGUAUUCCUCUCUCUCCUGCUAGCUUAAACCAAAUAUUGUUUGCCACCUCUACCAAUCUCUUCUACCUUCCUUAUGAAGGAGAAAUAUCACCAAUUAGUAUCCAUGCUUGGAAACAAAACAUGCCUACUGAAGAAAUUAGACUGAUUGAGGACAUCUGUUGUUCCCUAAUGGACCACUUAGGAUACCCAAAGUUUACAGAUUAAAUGCUGCAGGCCAGCAGUAAUUUGCACUAAUGAUCCCCAACUCACCAGUUUGUGAAUAAGAUUAGAGAAGUUUGUUUAUUCUUGUAAAAUGUGUGUACAGUCUGUUACAUGCAGAGAGAGAUUAUUUUAAAAAAAUAGAUACUUGUUCUCGCAGGAUUUUUUUUUAAACUUGUAACUACUUUUGCUGCCUUUCAAAUAAAGCUGUGUGAACCUUAAUAAAAUUACUAGCUGGGAAUGGUAUAGCUCAGGGGGUUGGUAAUAGGAUAUGGAACCUUUCACUUCCAGGCUACCAAUAGCAACCUUGGGUCAGGUUUGAUGAUAUAUUCUGGCUGAAUUUCACUCCUUCAGUGGUGCAAACUAACCAUAAACUUGGUUAGACUAAGUUUAUGGCUGUCCUGCAUCACUUCCAUUGCAGAAAGGAGUCAGCAUUCCAGUGAAACUAGUUCCUAAUCCCCUUAUUUGCAAGAUUAUGUGACAAUGAGUUCUUUGUUAUAGCUAUUCUUUGGAGAAAGAGAAGACUUCUUUGGAGAAAGAGAAGGCCUAUCUAUUUGGCACUAUUUCACACUAUUUGUGAACAGAAAAUAAACACUGGGUAAAAAAUAAAGACCCCCCUAAAAAAAAAAGAAAAAAACCCGAAACAAAAAAGGAAUCCUACAAAACCCCAUAAAUCUAUGAGUAAAUUUUCAACUGAGAAGCUUCUAAAGGAUUUUAUCCAACUCUGGUGCAGUUCUAGCCUGAUAAAUUCUAAAUGGAUUUGAAAGCUUCUAAUAUCUGCACUGCUGCUGCUGCUGCUGCUGCUUUAUCCAGCUUCUUAGCUAAGAGAAGCUUCAAGAACGUCUGUUUUUUCUUCCAAAACUCAUCCAUUCUUCAUAGUUGUUUGCACUCUUGAGCGUCUUCUCUGUUGCUGAUCCUUGGGCGUAAAGUCUCAAUUUCCUAAUGCCAGUAACAAAAGUGUGUGCGCCCCACUGAGUGGAAAUAGUGAAUAUAAUCAUCAAUGGUACAUGUUACUAUGGGUGUAUCUACAUGUGUGCUUUACUGUUAAUUAGCUCCACAGUAAAAUGUUCUCAUCUACACAUGUGCCAGUAUUAGCGUGCACUAAAUAAAUUAACUCCAUCAUAAGAUAGUACUGUUGGGGACAGUACUAUUUUACAGCAGAGUACUUAACUAGGCUGAAACGCGCGUUUAGACAGUGACAGGGGUUGACUGGGGCACAACGUUGCUAAAGUGCAGGGGGUGCCUCACAACUAGCCUCAUGGCUCUGCAGGUUCUGCACCCUUGUGCCACAACUAACCCCUCCACUGCCUCGUGCUGCCACCCAGACCCUGGGGCUGACCCCCUGAGCCUGCUGCCGACCCAGGCUCAAACUGCAGCACCCACGAGCAGCUGACUCCAGCUCAAAACAGCUUGGAGUUUAUUGCAACACAUUAAUUGAAUGUGUAGAUGCAUCCAGUUUGCAUAAGUUGGGAGCCUAGAUUUUAGAAGAGUCCUAAUAAACCUCUAGAUCAGGGGUCAGCAGCCUAUAGCCGCAGACUGAAUCCAAUCUGACAGGUGACUUUAUCUUGCCUGCUGAGCAUGUUUAUGUGAGAAGGCACCAUCAAAUGGCCACCUAUUGCCUGAGGAAGACUGAGCCUAAUUCACCCUGCUGUUACUGAAAGUUUGCCACCUCCUGCUCUACAUCUAUUUUACUGAGGGAUGUGUAAUUUUUCUGUAGAGUAUAUGAGCAACAGCCUGUGGCUGAUCUCAGCUACUCUUUGUUUAAAGCCUUCAUUCUUCAAAGAGACUUUUUCUACAUUCUUGGAAUCGCACUUACCCUGUACUAUGAUGUUUUAUCUCAGUAAUUUAUUUCCAGUAUCUGAUUAUUUUUAAAAUAGGAUUUUUUUUUUCUUUAAAUGUGUAUUACUAUGGAAGAUUGCUUUAGAAACAAAUACCCUUUGUAAGGUGAAUGUUUGCUUUUGUAACGCCUUUGUCAUGCUGCUUUUUUCUCAUGCUGCUCUUUUAAAAUUUUAUUUUACCUUGAACCACUUAUUUCUUUUUCUUUUUUUUUUUUUAAUUUGGUUUAUGAACAUUGAAAAUCUCCUCCUUUAUCUUCCUUCAGCAUUCUUUCAAAAUCCAUCCAUACUGUAAAUUUCUGCAGAUGUGUAAAUCAAACCAUAACUGAUGUCAGAGACAUCUGUUUCAUUUACCAUCUGUUUUUUAUUACAAAUGAAGUUGUCAUGAAAUAUGCUUCAUUUUGUUUGUAGGAGCUGGAAUCUGAGUUUUGUGCUAUCACAUUGAAAUAUGCCAGUAAAGUAAUUACCAUUUAUUUGGGUGAUAAGCAUUAGGCAAUGCCAAGAUGUAGUGAGCUUUUCUCUACAUAUCUCAAUCUUGUCACUGAUAUUUAAUACUAUGGCUUUCACCUUUGUCUUUCCCCCAGAAAAUUCUACAUCCUUUGCAAUAUUUUUGAUCUGUCUCCCUAACCUGGAUGAAAGUAGAGGGUUUUUUUGUUUUUGUUUUUUUCUCAGCCAUUCAUUAUCAUAUCAAAAUGUGCCUCUAGCAUGAUAAAGCUGUUGAUAAUGUUACGGUAACUGUAACUUUACUGUCACUCUCCUUUGCUUGUAACAGGGACUGGCAGCAGAUUCCCCAUCAUCCCGUCUUUUCCAGGUCUUACCUCUGGCUAGGUAGAAUGUCACAUAAAAAUAAAUAUUAAAAUGAGUUAAUAUACAGUGGCAUUUCAGUGAAACUUUGGAUCCUAACUAUCAUUCUCUCAAGCCAGUUUCUCUCUAGGCUGUUAUCAGUCAUAUGUAAAAUAGUUACACUGAUCCUUCUGCUGUUUCCUUUAUUUGACAGACUAAGUCUCAGCAUUUGCUUUCCAUUCUCAGGAUUUAUGAGCUUGAAUAAGAACAAAUAAAAAGGCCUCUGUCAGAUAUUUUAGGGCUGCUCAAGGUAAGAAUUAGGAGUGACUCUGUUCGGGGAAGGAGUCUCUAAAUCCCUUCAUGACAGUUAUUUAUGAGGGGCUGCAAAUAGACUAUUACCAGCUUUUUUGUGGAACUGAAGUGGAAAGGACCAUGCAUUUAUCAAUAGGUCAACCCUUUGGCUUUUAAAAUACAGGGUUAUUUCAUGUCUGUAGGCCUAUAAUACAUAUUGCUACUAUCUUUUAUUCUGGCAAAUGUAAGAUUCAGAACCUAAUACUUCACUGUCUUGCACUUUCUGACAUCAGUUUAUAUAUUUCAGAUUUGGUAGCAUUUUAUGUUCCUUUGAAUGAAUGUCACCGACUCCACAAGGUGCAAGGCCAUGGAAAACCAGGUCCAUUAUUCCUAGAUAUUACUGGGGAGAUGGUUAGAUCACAAACAUAAAAAUAAGGCUAAAUGAAAGGUAAAGAAAUGAGUUUGAAAGCAACAGGACCAAUGCUUCAGAAUUCUAAUUACAUGAAUUAUGUGAACUUAAAAUAACACAAUAUAAUGUAUUUAUUUUAAGCAAACUGAGCACUUUAUGCAUUUGCUUCAGAACCACUAACAAAGACCCCCUGGAUAAGGAUUUCUACUCACUGAGAAGAAAAGAACAUAUGUCUGUUACACAGAGAACUGUGUAGAAAUGCUUUAUAAUACUAGAUUAAGCUCACAAAAGCAAAAACAAAAUCUGAAUUGAAGGGCUCUGUAUUGUAAUAUAGACAUAAAUUCAACACUGCACUUAAAAAUAAGAAUACAGAAAUCCCUGAGAAGCAGAUUUAAUUUUUACCCUUUUAGUCUGUAUAAAAUUAAAAUAAUAAAAAUGCAGUGCCCCAGAGAUCCAUGCUAAUCUAUUCAAGGACUCUUAUUCAAGAUGGCUUAUUCAUGUAUUCUUCAUCCAUAGUUUGCUCUCAUAGUUCCAGAUUGCUCUCAUAGUUCCUGAAGUCCAGUUGUACAAACAAUACCCAUUGACUUGAGUAAAAGUUGCAUAUGUGUAAAAAGGUAAUAGGAUUAAACUGGAAACAAACAUUUAUGUCAUAUAUCUAUGCCAUACAUGACAGAUUCUGGCAACAAGUUUGUAAUUUGUAUGUUUCCAGUAGCAGCCAGUUUCAAACCUCUCAUUUUCAAUAAACAAUAACUCCUUAAUGCAUAUACAGUUUUUUCAUGCAGACCUACCUAUUUCCAUUGAAAAAAGAAAGGUUUUCUUUCUCUUGGGGGGGGAGGGGGCAGAAAACAUUUUUUAACAAAAAAUGAACCCCACAAAAUGGUCCCUGUUGUACCCCCAAUUCCCCCCUCUCCCACCCCCUA